AUCAACAAAACUUGGUCUUUUUUACGAAACCGAUAUCGACGUGGCCUAAAGGCCGUUAAACAUACAGAAACCGAAAGGAGUUACAAUUACACUAGGAUUUCAUACAACUAAUAUUGCCAAAAUGGGCCUUACUGUUUCUUCUUUAUUUAAUCGUCUAUUUGGCAAACAAAGUAUGAGAAUAUUAAUGGUUGGACUUGAUGCAGCUGGCAAGACAACUAUUUUAUACAAACUAAAAUUGGGAGAAGUGGUUACAACAAUUCCUACUAUAGGAUUUAAUGUUGAAACUGUUGAAUAUAAAAAUAUAAGUUUUACUGUAUGGGAUGUCGGUGGUCAAGAUAAAAUUCGACCACUAUGGAGACAUUAUUUUACAAACACGCAAGGUUUAAUCUUUGUUGUUGAUAGCAACGAUAAGGAGCGUUUGUCCGAAGCUGCAGCUGAACUUAAUAAAAUGGUCAACGAAGACGAGUUAAAAGAUGCCACCAUUCUAGUUUUUGCUAACAAACAAGAUCUACCCAAUGCGUUAUCAGUUUCUGAAAUGACAGAAAAAUUAGACCUUCAUAAUAUGAGGGGUCGAAAGUGGUAUGUACAAGCAGCUUGCGCCACACAAGGAACUGGAUUGUACGAAGGGCUAGACUGGUUAUCGAACGAACUUUCGAAAUAGACGUUAUCACCUGAAUCUUUUUAUCCUGAAUAAAUAUUUAUUUUUGUUAGUAACCGUUUCAUGUUUCCAACGUUUCAUGUUUUGUGCGAACUUGACACAAUUUCUCCUCACUUCUACAUGAAGAAAUAUUUUCAAUCACCUACAGAGUUCUUUGUAUCACUACUCGCGUUCCAUCAACAAUUUUUUUAUUUUAUCACUACUCGUGCCCCAUCACGUCACUCCUAACUGUCUAUCUUCCGUAUUUCCUUUUUGUUAUUAAUUUCACUGUGUUGUUUCAAAGUAUAGCCUCUUGUUUAUAUUUGUUUAUAUGUGCAGUAUCUGUGGUUGUUCUAGCGAACGUCAGAAUUAUACCGCCAUUUUUAGUUACCUGUGCGAUAUAUUUACAGCGAAAUUUAUACUUGUGUGCCAUUGCGACGGAGGGUUUAAUAUGUUUAAAAAAUUUAAUACUAAAUAUAUGAAAAAAAUGUUCAA